AUGCGCUCCGCUGUCCCCUUCAGCGCGCUCGUCUUGGCCUUGGCCCUCUGCGCCGUGGUGGCCACAGCCUCCAAAAACAGCUCGCCCGUGCUCGUGGUCCCCACCGAGUCGGGCCUCGUCCAGGGCUUCGUGCAGAACGACCUGGCACGCGCCUUCCUCGGCAUCCCGUUCGCCGACCCGCCGCUCGGGGCCAAGCGCUUCGGCGUGGCCACGCCCGCGGCGCCGUGGACUGGCGUCUACAACGCGACGGCCUUCCCCAAGCCCUGCAUCCAGUCAUCGACCGUCGGCGUGGAGGACUGCCUCUACCUCAACGUGUUCACCCCCAAGAACGCCAAGGCCGGAGAUAAGCUGCCGGUCAUGGUGUGGAUCCACGGCGGUCGCUACUGGGCCGGCCAGACCGACCAGUACCAGGGCCAGUGGCUCGCCGGCAAUGGCAACGUUGUCCUCGUCACCAUCCAGUAUCGCCUCAACACGUUGGGCUUCUUCGCCACCCCGGAGCUCGUGGAUGCCGGCAGCAUCAACGUGGGCUUCCAGGACCAGAUCCUCGCCGUCGAGUGGGUCCGCAACAACAUCGCCAACUUCGGCGGCGACCGCAAGGAGAUCACCCUCUUCGGCGAGAGCGCCGGCGGCAACGCGGCCAUGCUCCACACGAUGGUGCACAAGUACACCAACCCCGGCGCCUACCUCGAGUACGCCGAGAACGUGAUCCUGCACUCGACCUGGCAGUGGGUGAUGCCCACGCUGGCCCAGCAGCUGUCGGCUUCGAUCAAGUUCGCCGCCAGCAAGGGCUGCAACCAGACCGCGAGCGCCGACAUGCUGGCCUGCAUGCGCGCCCUGCCCGUGAAGAACGUGACCUCGGGCUACGUCAACUACUUCCAGCCGUCGGUCGACGGCAUCUUCCUGACGGACCAGCCCUACAACUUGGUCAAGCGCGGCGAGUACAACACCGACGUCAACGUCAUCAUCGGCUAUACGGCCGACGAGGGCAACUACCUGGCCCUCUCGCGCAACAGCUACAAGCCCCCGAGCGCCAACCUGACCGAGGCCGACUACAUCCGCGUCGUCAAGACCAACAGCCUGCGGUUCUGGCUGACAGACGAGCAGAUCGACAACGUGUUCGGUUGGUACGCCGCCCACACCGCGGCCGUCGGCUACUGGUAUGGCGAGGCGCAGUUGUUGGGGGAUUUCUACGUUAACUGCGGACAACCUGGCCGCGCCCUACUUCGCCAAGCACGGCCCGACCUACGCCUUCCUGUGGAACUACACGAGCCCCAACUACCCCGACAGUUCCUCCAGGCCGCCCACGGCAACGAGCUGCCCUACGUGUUCAACGCCACCGUCUACACGCCCUACGCGUUCGCGCCGUCCGACUACGCGCUGGCGUCGCGCAUGAUCGCCGCCUGGUCGCGCAUCGCCGACAAGGGCAAGCCCGACUCGAGCGAGUGGCCCAAGUACAAGAAGAACAGGCCCACCGACGCCGACCUCAACCCGCCCACGCGAACCGUGCCCUUCCUCCAGUCCAACUUCUGCGCCAACUGGGAGCCCAUCUUCUCCACCAACUCGGUCGUCCAGCCCUAA